AUGCGACGCGACGGUGGCACCAUGUGGGUCAACGUGAUGCCUGAUGAGAUCAUGUCGGAAGAGAACGGUCAGCUCAUGCAGAGUAUCAUCCUGAAAAAUGAAGAACGGAAGCAGCGCCGAAGGCAGCUGAACGCGAGUCCGGAGGAAGGGGAGGAGGAGGAUCCUCCAAUGCUCUUCCUGUCCGACAUGGAGCUCGGCGGCGAAGGCACCGACAGCGCUGCGAAGCUGACGACCGGGUCAUGGACCUCCUCGGCGAUGCGGACGCGAGGUCCCAAUGCCUGGCCCCGGCCUCCUGGUUCCACGACCUCUGGCAGAGGGUUGGAGGCUGCGAAGCUGCUUC